UUUUUCUCUUUCAAUCUUCAGCACAAUGAUAUUCCUUAGAAGAAGAUCAAUAAUAAUCCUAGUCCUGAUUUACUUAUUCUCAAAUUGCACAACAUGUUAUUCCAAUAGUUGCAUAAAUGGCUGUGAUUUAGCUUUAGCUUCCUUCUUCAUCUGGCCCGAAUCGAAUCUCCCUUUAAUAAACCAACUAUUUGACAACAUCUCAUACAGUGAUAUCCUUGACUGGAAUACUCAAAUCACAAGCACGUUUAUUCUAACCGAAUCCAGAGUUAACGUUCCUUUUCGUUGUGAUUGCCUUAAUAAUGGUGAGUUUUUGGGACAUGUAUUUUCGUAUAAUGCUAGUGCCAAUGACACUUAUGAUCUCAUUGCGAGGAGGCGCUAUUCCAGUUUGACGAAUAAGGAGUUGUUGAUGAGGGAUAAUAGUUAUGCGGAUAACAAUAUUCCGGAUCAUGUGACCUUGAACGUGACUGUGAAUUGCUCCUGUGGGAAUAAAGAUGUGUCAAAGGAUUAUGGAUUGUUUAUCACGUAUCCGAUGAGGCCAGGGGAAAAUUUGAGUUAUAUCGCGUUGGUGACUAAUACUAGCUCCAAGCUGAUAGAAAUGUACAAUCCCAUGGCGAAUUUCAGUGCUGGUAGCGGAUUGUUGUACAUUCCAGGCAGAGAUAAGCUCGGGAAUUAUCCACCUAUACCAACCAGAAAAGGCUCGUCAGGUAAAACAAUAGCUGCAUUAGCAGUAGCUGCACUAGCCGGAGUUUUGUUAUUGGUAGGCAUCAUUUAUGUGGGUAUUUAUAGAAGGAAGGAACAAAAGGUUGCAGCAAACAUCCCAGCAUCUUCAAGUCAAUCCCAUCAUCCUGGUCCUGGUCUUUCGGGCAUACAUGUGGACAAAUCAGUAGAGUUUUCGUUUGAAGAACUUGCUGAGUCGACUGAUAACUUUAGCAUUUCGAAUAAGAUUGGAGAAGGUGGCUUUGGAGCCGUUUAUUAUGCUGAGCUGAGAGGCAAGAAAGCAGCAAUAAAGCGAAUGAAUAGGGAAGGAAGAACAGAAUUUCUUGCUGAACUGAAAAUAUUGACGCGUGUUCAUCACCUGAACCUGGUUUCCUUGAUAGGGUUUUGUGUUGAGAGGUCCCUCUUCCUUGUAUAUGAAUUCAUUGAGAAUGGUAAUCUAAGCCAACAUCUUCGUGGGAAAGAAUUAUUGACAUGGUCAACACGGGUGCAAAUUGCAAUGGAUUCAGCUAGAGGUCUUGAGUAUAUACACGAGCACACCAUCCCCUUUUACAUCCAUCGUGAUGUUAAGUCAGCAAAUAUUCUGAUAAAUAAGAACUUUCAUGCAAAGAUUGGAGAUUUUGGCUUAUCAAAACUUGUUGAAAGUGGAAAUCCAACUCUGAAUACACGUUGUAUGGGUACAUUUGGAUACAUGCCACCAGAGUAUGGUCAUUCAGGAGUUAUCUCUUGUAAAGUAGAUGUCUACGCUUUUGGCGUUGUCCUUUAUGAAUUGAUUUCGUCCAAGGAUGCAAUAGUCAAGGAAGAUGGUGUUGAUGAAGCAAGAAGCCUUGUUGCUUUGUUUCAUGAAGCUCAUAGUCAUUCAAAUCAAAUUGAAGCCAUUUCCAGAUUGAUAGACCCUAAACUCCGCGAUGACUACCCCCUCGAUUCAGUCUACAAGAUGGCACAGCUUGCUAAAGCUUGUACAGAGAAGAAUCCUGAAAUGAGACCGACUAUGAAAUCAGUAGUGGUUGCUCUUAUGGCGCUCUCAUCGUCCACAUGAUUGACUAUUUGAUAUGUUGAAUUAAGAUCACAAGGCACAGGAACAAGAUCAUGUUGCAUAAUGUAAAGUAAUUAAAGGUGUUAGGCACAACAGGGCCUCCAGUCCUCAAAGUAAUAGCAAUUCCUUGAAAUCAAGAGCUUAACUUCAACUUGUAGUUACAUUUCUUUUGCUAUACGGAUCAGUAUUGUCAGAGAAAGCGCGCCAAAACACUUGUAAAUAUUAGGUACGUAGAUACGUCAUGGCAAAAUAACGUAUGUUAAACUGUAUUGUAUUGGAGCGCUGUUGAUACCCAAAUUUGGACCUCCACAUGAUAGAUUAAUCAUCGAGCUUCUUCAA